GGCUGUCCUCACAUCAGGGUCGCUCCUGACACCGGUCUCACUGUCACCCAACGUGCAGUCAGCUGAGGGGGGCAUGUUCAGCAGAAAAAAGCUGAAGGGCAUUCAUACUGCAUCACUUCCCACCGUGCAGGCUGUUUGUCUCAUGAGCAAGCCUUAAUCUCCUGCUCUUCUGCAGCUUACACUGGCCAGCAGUGACCAUGUAAUGUCAUGCUAUGCUAAUGAGGUCGGGGAGGCUUUUCGUGCUCUGGUGCCAGUGAGCGCGGUAUGGGGCAGCUACGCUGUGGCCACAGCGUACGUUACUGCUGAUGCUGUGGACAAAGGGAAGAAAGCAGCGGAGGCUCACGGGGACAACCCGGGCAGGACAACACGGGUAGCGGUGGCAGUGGUGGACACGUUUGUGUGGCAGGCCCUCGCCUCUGUGAUGAUCCCGGGCUUCACCAUCAACCGGGUGUGCGCUGCGUCACUUUACCUGCUGGGCAAGACCACCAAGCUGCCCCUGUCUGUCCGCAAGUGGACCACCACGGCUAUCGGCCUCUCUACGAUCCCCUUCAUCAUCACUCCUAUUGACAGGUCGGUGGAUUUCCUGCUGGACUCAAGCCUGCGGAAGGUCUACGGUGAGGGAGAGAAGCACGAAUAAGGAGGGAUGAUGCAUGACUGAUGACCCCCCUCCUGGACAGAGACCAGUCCAGUCUUCGUAGACCUGUGCGGAUUAUCCACCACUGUGAAGCACUGGAGAAGUGUGAAGAAGGAUUUCAUAGAGGGAGGCUCUAUAGUUAUUCAGAAUACAUAUUAUAAUACAAUUUUAUUUUAGAAUUUUUAUAAUUUAUUUAACAAAAUUAAGGUUGUUCAAAGGGAAAUCCUUCUUCAUCGGGAUUGUUAACUUUAACCUCAGGGCAAUCUGGGUAGUGACACCAAAAAAUGUUUAAAAAGGAAUCUAACAGUUACGAAAUGUUUAAAUAUCCAGUUGUUACAGUGAAUCCUGCUCCUGUAAGUACUCUCCGGCAGGUAUACAGUGUGCUGUUAAAUUCCUGUGAUCGUCCUCUAAGGUUGCCUCCAUGGUUUAGAGUUGUGGGCUGUGGCUCACCUCAUUUCCAGUUGUCAAGGAGAUUAAGUACAAAUGCACACUUGCAGUGUUUAAUAGCCAUAUACAGUGGUACUGUAAUGAAACUCCAGAAGGCCAGUUUGCCACGAUGUCCCUCUCAUUCAUCACUCUCUCAAAAUUGGUCUGUUUUUUUUUUCUUUCUUGUGUCUGUUACUUGGAAUAGAUGUUUCAAGUUGUUUCACUCUACUUUAUGAGCCAAAGUUUGCACUGGGAGUAUUUUUUUUUUUUUACACCAUAGUUACAACCUAUAUUAAUCUUGGUGAAUACUUGUAGCGGCGACAUGUUGUACCUUUUGCAGUGCUCCUCACAAGUAUUUGAAUUGUCGGUCAAUAAGUUUGUUGUCGGACAACCGUGAUGUAAAAUGCUGUAAAUUCUUCAACCUGAAUAUGUUCAAUAUGCCCGCUUCAAACAUCUGUAACUAGUUUAAAAUUCCCUGUCCAGCAUCUGGAGUCAAGCUGUUUGACUCCACCCGGUACCAGAUUAAUCUGAGACAUUAUGUUGUGAUCCGAUUUUGAAAUUUCACAGUCUUCCAAGCAAGCUUUAAGCAAUUUUAACAGCUUUUCCCUCGUCAAUGCAGAAGAUUAUAUUUAAUCAAUCUUUGAAUUAUAUAAAGGUCCCAUAUUAUGUUCAAUUUCAAGAUUAAACUUUCUUUUGAGGCGUCUGCUAGAAAAUGUUAACAUGUGUUAAUGUUAAAAAUGUCCAGUGCUGCAGCACCUCUAUUCACUCUCUCUUUGAACACUCCGAUUUAGCUUCUGUUUCUUUAAGGCCCCACACCCACGCCCAGUCUGCUCUGAUUGGUCAGCUCUCAUGGGCCUGAGCAAGCACCACCUGCCGUGUUUUCGAUGGCACCUCUACCAGGGGGGUGUGGCUGAGGGUAAUGACUGUACAGUUGUGACAUCACAACCUUACGGAAGUCCAGACAGCUCGCUUGAAGGCACAGUUUCUGAAUGCGGGCUGCUUAUCAUCAAAUAAGAAGUGCAAAUCUCACUUUGACACUAUGGGACCUUUUUAAAUGUAGAGUUGAACUUCUCAUAUACUUGUGGAGGUCAGUGUCAUACCUAUGCACAAAAUGGUUUAAGGGAUUAUUUCAUUAAUAUACUGUAUAUCUAUAUAUUAUUUUCAUUGUUUUUUUUUUUAGGAGCAAUGUAGAAAUACUGUAUCUUACAUUGAACUAUGCAACGGAAACAAAUGGUUGUGUAGAUACUUACGCCUCGCAAACUCAAUGGAUUGUUAUCUUCCAUUGAAAAAAUAAAGUAUGCAGUUACAUAAUGUUCAAAUGUUGUAAAAUAAGAAGGGAAGUCUGAUACAAAUGUAUCUUAAAGUUUGGAUGAGCUAUAACAAGGACAAAGAGGAACAUGGGAAUGGAAAUCAUUGCCAAUUAUUGUACACUGUACAUACCAGUGUACCUGUUAAGCAAUAACCUUUGUUUAAUGUUUUUUGUGUCGCACCAUAUUCUCUCUGCUGUGAAGGAUGUGGUUCACUUUUUCAUGCUGAACGAAAAGAUUGUGAAAACUCGGGGUGCACCAACUGUCAUGUUCUUACUUGAUGGUACUGAGAAGUCAUGCAACAAUGGCACUAUUUUCAAUAGUAUUUAAUAAACAGAUCAGGUCACAAGAAGGCCCAUUAAAUUACGUUUUUAUAUUUUUUUUCCUAAUGGUUAAAACACGCACACUAAAAGCACAAAGCAUAUUAUUUUCACACUGGUAAUUUGAGUUGUCGUUAGCAGGAAAAACGGGUAAAAGUAAAGGUGUCAAACGUCGACACGGUUUACUUUUAAAGGUGUACUAUCAAAGAAGUCCACCGUUUGAAUUCAUAUGGAGAAACUAAUAGGAGGCGCCAUAUGACCAGCGUAACUGCUAACUGCUGGUAAUUGUAGUUGGUGUUAGUUUGUUAGCACAGUUAGCUGCGCAGCUAGUCAUUUACAACAUCAACUCUGUUGAUAUUUUCAGGACAAUAUUUUAAACUUAGUGCAAGAUUAAGUAUCUCAAGGCAGUGAUUAACAGUGCAUACUAACAUACCUGUGCUCCUCCUGCUGUGACAUUUCAAAUUGUCAGCAAUUUAGAAAUCAUAUUGGUGCACCCCUAGCUGAAUUAUAUAUAUUCAUAUUCGAUUUUAACAUUUCAGAUUGUACACAGAACUUUAUUGUGUUUUCACUGUUGCACGCUGCGAAUGAAACUGUUAACGUUUUUUUUAAAGUGGCCGUUCAGGAAGAAAUGAGUGAAAUGAGUCACACUUUCAGCCUUAACAAAAACAAACUAACAAGAACAAAUUGUCAAACCUCAAACUGUGUUCUGUGUGCUGUAGUUCACAAGGUAGAGAUUUUAUUUUCAAAUGUGAAAGCAACUGCUGAAAGCUGAAGCUCCACUCAUCACAACGGACACGUGACACUCAGCAGUCCAACUAUUCUCUUACAACUUCUGCAAACACUGGAGAAAAAAAACAAAACAAAACAAAAAACUUGUGUAGUGAAAUAAAUGAUGUAAUGACGAGCGUGUGUGUGCAUUGGUCAUUAAAGAAUGGGAGUACAUUUA